AUGUCGGAGGCAGAAGCCGGUCCAGACCGAGGACAAGAAGGAGGUAUCUACCAACUAAUAAUGCUUUUAUAAUAACGUUUUUUUAGAACCACCAUGCGUUGAAAAGUUGGAGCCGGCGGCUGUGAAGAAGGCGAAGGAAGAUAGGAGAAGCAUGUCCCUUGAAGCCAACGCCGGCGAGAACAUCAAAUUGCAAACGAUUUGCUAUAGAGGAACAACUCUACAACUACCGGUCGCGCAUCCACAUAUGUAUCAAGUUGUCUUUCGAAUACUGAAAUAGUCGGUUAUUCAGGCUAGACGUUUCUCAAGUUUAUUCAUUUCAGCGUUUAUAAUCCAUUAGUAAAACAAAUUUUGGUUGGAUUGCCCAUAGGAUGGCUUGACUCGAAUCCUACCAAUGAAGAAAUCGCCUCAUAUGUCGAAAAGUACAACAUGGCGGCCAAGCCCUAUGCAAAAAAUGUAUUGGAAUAUUUGAUUUUGCUAUGUAUUGAUUGCACGUUUUCAGUGGGGAGGAUCGUACAACACGGAGACGCUCAAGGAUUGGGGACACCCCCAAUGUUCCCAGAAAGUUGCCAUCGAUAUCACGACAUUCGCAUACGAGUGCGCUGUUCCACGUCCAGCGAACCUGAACAGCCAUUACAAGAGUUUCAGCUCUGAAGUAACCACCGUGAAUAUCGACGUUAAUUUAUAGGAAUAUUGCAGACAUAUGGCGAAACGAAUUUGGAGCAGAUGGCGAGUAUAAUUGACGAGCUGAAACUCGGCCCGCAGGACGUGUUCGUUGAUCUUGGCAGUGGUAUCGGCACACUCGUGGCAUUUACUGCAGCUUACUCGAAAGUCAAAAGAGCCGUCGGAAUCGAGCUUUUGGCAACCCCGGCUAAUAUUGCCGCUCAACUCGGAGUGUAUUUCAAACGGUUGCUUUAACGAUGUUUUUUUUAUGUAAUGCUUUCUUUCAGACUGAUGAGCCAUUUCGGUAAAAAUUGUGGAAAGUUCGAGAUGAUUCAGGGCGACUUCCUGAAUCCAAAGUUUAAGAAAUUGAUCUGUGAAGAGGCGACAGUUAUCUUCAUAAACAACUUUGCUUUCAACCCUGACCUGAUGAACAGCAUCACAAACGAAAUACUGCAAGAUCUGAAACACGGAAUCCGAAUCGUUACCACAAAACCGUAUGAAUCAAUAUGUAGUAUUGUUGUUUGACACUUUGAUUUACAGGUUCGGUUCCAGCAAAAAAGAAAUAACGUAUCGCUCAACAAGCGGUAAGUUUCUAUUAUCUAACUCGCAGAGAAGAUAUUCAAAUUUUUUCCAGAUAUCACCUCCAUGAGUACCACCGUCAAACUCCGUUCGCUCGAUUCUGGAGUAUCCUGGACCGCAAACAAAGUCGACUUUUACCUAACCACUAUGGACCAUACAAAGGUGAACUAACGAAAACAAGCAGAGAAACACAAAUUUACAUUUCAGCUGAUAAGAUACUACGAGGAAGAACAAAAAAAGAAAAACCCAAAAGCUGGCGAUGGAUCGGAUGUUGUCGAAAUAGGAAAAAAGCGCAAAGCAGACUACGGAUCGAAAAGCAAGGUGCCUCGAAAAAAGUUAAACUGCUCUUCUAAAAAGGUUCUCCCCGCCAAAUAGAUUCUUUGAUUUUGCAUGCGGUGAUUUCAUCAUGCUGUGCUUUCAAAUAACUAUCCUCGCAUACCCUCUCAGUUUUUCACAUUCAAACUUUUAUACGAAGUUAGGCACUAUCUCUUUUCAUUCUCAGUCGGAUUGCCCGAAAACGCAGCUUGAAGAAUGACCGAACAUUUUAACUCGCUUUUUGAACACUUAAUAAUAAUCAAAAGAUUUUAAUAAAUAUAUAGGCAUCCGCAUUAACUUUUGCGUUUUACACACAAAAAUUUUCAAACAGCUCCUAUCUUAGUUUUCCUAUACUCUGUGCUGAAUAGAAGGUAGUGCCUGAUUUCCGUUGCAAGUUCGUGUGUUUUCCUAGUCGCCACCCUCCGUUGUCCUUCCCUUCGGCCGGCCGGCCGUUUCUCCUUUUCCUCUUCGCGCUGAGCGACCGCAGCGCGCCUCUCCUCCCUCGUGAAUCGGGUUGGAGAGGGACCGGGUAGAAGAAAGAAGGAAAGAGAGCGAGAGCAGAAGGAGAGAGAGAGAGAGAGUGCAUGUGAGAGACGGCAGACAGCGAGCGAGCGGCGGCAGCAGGCGAGUGUAGCCGGGAGAGAAGACGCAUAACUGCGACCUUAUGCAGUAUUGAUCGCGCGGAUUUCAAAUGGAGCCCAUCGUCAAAAAGCCCCGCGAAAAGUCCGCUAGUAUUACUUCGUCUAUAAAUACUGCUGCUUCUGUAUCUGAUAUCAAUAUGCCGACUACUUCAAGCCGUGCAGCGUCUGUAAAUCCUUCAGAGGGUGUAAAUACUGGGGAAGAUGAUAUUUUCUAUGGACGAACCACUAGAUUGAUGUGGAAAGCGCAGGUUAGUGAAAGUGUGUGAGGCUGCUCCUUCGAGAAAGUUACGAGUAAUUAGAUCCAGAGAACUUGGGUAGUUUAGUGAGCGGAAAAUGUUGGGGCUUGAGUGGAAUAGUUUCAGACUGAACAAGCUGCCGCGUCACUGCCACACCAAUCUCCGAAAUGGAAUGAGCCGGAUACGGAUUAUGCUCCGCCAGCCAAAAAAUCGAAGAAGCACAGAGAUACAGCCGACUCGGCACACGCUGCCGCUUCGACUUCCAAGAAGAAGAAGAGUCUGUCUGGCCCGAAGGAGAAAAAAGAAAAGGCAAGCUCGUGCCAACUAUUAAUUAAUUUUUAAUUUAGCUUCAGACUCCGAAAACUCACUCCAACCGCCACAACCAGUCGUUGGACCGCUCUGGCGCGAAUGUUCCAUCGCAACCGAAAGCUACUGCUCCUCCACCAAUUCCAGCUGACCAGAAGCCAAAGAGGGAAGAGCCAGCCGAGCAAGAAAUCAUUCACACCGGACAGCUCGACGGUCAGUCGCUUCUAGUAGCGCCGUUUUUAUGCGAACUUUUUCCAGCAAAGACAAUGAGUGCUCUUCAUACCAUUCGAGAGGCUGCUACGACUUCGUCGCAAGCGGCGGCCAUUCAGGAUGCGGUAAGCGAUUCAAACUGACCAUGUUCCACAACCAGCUCUUCAGAUCAAUUCGGUUCUCAGUCAAGCCGAGGUGUGCUCCAAGCAACAGGUUAACUCUGUGCCAGCACACGGAACUAACCUUUCCGCGCAGACCGAAGGCUUUCCGAGUGCCCCGGUUGCUCCACAACCACAUAUUAUUCCGCCGAGCUCCGAGGUUGCCGCCGAUAAACGCCACACUUUCAUGAUACCUCCCACCGAUCCGAUGUACAACAUGAUUGUGGGAUUCUAUUUCGAAUUCAAGUCAUUCGCUGAUCUGUCCAAACACGGAGAUCAAGAUUUCAUCAAUCAGCUGCGUAAGGACAUAGAAAACGAGAGAUCUCGGAGAAAUGAGCUGGAAGAGGGGAUUACUUCUACCCGCACACAAAUCGACGAUCUUCUCGGAACCGGCGUUUCUGUUCUUCAGAACAAGCUUCAUGAUCUGGGAAUGCACGAUGUGCACGAUGUUCAUGAGUUGCUCUCCGGCUCUAAAAACAUCGUCACACAACAUAAGGCUCUUACCACUGAAAUCGCUCAAACGGAACAAAUCAUUGCUGUGGAAGAGCAGAAACUCCGUCGUUUCGGCGGACCUGACGUCCUUCGUCUCUAUGAAGGUGAGAAUAUUGUGCGUCCUGUACCUAUCCCAUGGUUUGUGUUCCAGAUGCAACGGUGGUGCAACAGAACCAGCUUGACAUGAUAAAGUUGAGAGAUAUCGUUCUCUCCAGCCGGCCUCAGAACUUCAUUUCUCACCUCCACCCGGAUGAACAUCCAACUCCCGAUUCCAAAAUUUCUCCGUCUUCUCGUCGUCCUCGCCAGAAGCCACGUGCUGCCCCGGGAAACGGAAAGCGUGGCACUUCUGCCGGUCGUAAAGCCGACGACCCGAGCGAAGACAUGGAACUGAAAAUACAACAGUUUGUGCAGCACGCAUUGAAGGUGGACAAUGCGGUCAAAGAAAAAGAGAGAAAGGCUCGUGGUAUUUUUCAAGCAGCGGCUGAGCGAAUGCCCAGGAAGGGUGAGAUUUAUAGUCUGCGGCUUUCUGUUCCGUUCGCUUUGGCCUCUGCUUCUCUGCCGCUUUCCUUUCUUAACUUCGUUCAUUUCAGGAACGGCUCCAUCGCCCAUCACGUCCCAUCGUGACGAACAACACUCGUCCGGCCAAUAAAUGA